CAGAAGCACCUGCCCUUUCCUCGGCCCAGAUGAGCCCAGCACUACAGACGCUGUCCUUCCUGAGCCUCAUCCUUCUUGUCUGGAACCAAGUGCCAGGGCUCCAGGGUCAUGAGCUCCGAUUUGGGCCUUGCCGAGUGGAAGGGGUCGUUCUCCCAGAACUGUGGGAGGCCUUCUGGGCUGUGAAGAAUGCUGUGCAAACUCAGGAUGACAUCACAAGUAUCCGGCUGUUGAAACCUCAGGUUCUUCAGGAUGUCUCGGAUGCUGAGAGCUGUUACCUUGCCCACAGUCUGCUGAAGUUCUACUUGGACACCGUUUUCAAAAACUACUACAGCAAAAUAGCUAAAUUAAGGAUCUCGAAGGAGUUCUCCACUCUGGCCAACAACUUUUUUGCCAUCAUGUCAAAACUGCAGCCUAGUAAGGACAAGCACAUGCUUCCCAUCAGCAAGAGCGCACGCCGGCGGUUUGUGCUGUUCCACAGAGCAUACAAACAGAUGGACACAGAAGCAGCUUUGGUGAAAGUCUUUGGGGAAGUGGACAUUCUCCUGACCUGGAUGCAGAAAUUCUACCAGCUCUGA